GUGAAUGAGUAAAGAUGUUUGUCCAAUUGGAUUUUUAUCUCGCGUUCGCCUUCCCACUUCUGUCAACCAUGUUAAGACUAAAUUGAAUUUAUCGUGUCAACAACAUAAACAAGAAUCUCACACCCUAAGCGAGUUUUAGGCGGCCGAAUGCGAGAAUUUUAAAAUUUUAAAUCAUGUUUUACUCGUGAUAACGGUUGUUGUAAUACUUGGUAUAUCGUUUAACAAAAUGGAAUUACCGGAGAUCAAGGAGGAAAUCGAAAGUUACGAGUGCUGUGGUCUAAUAUGUCGGCUAUGCUUGAGCGAAGAAUCACUCGAAGAUGUGUUCAAGGAUGGCUUCUUUCACGAGUGGAUAAGUGAUUUCCUCUCAAUUAAGAUAACUACCAAUGACCGGUUGAGUCAGGCCAUCUGCGCCAUAUGUCGAAUUCGGUUGGCCGACUUCCACCAGUACCGCAUUCGAUGCCACGAAGUGCAAGGUGUACUGCAAGCCUUGGCCGAUGGGACACCGAUGGGUACAGAUGUCGCACUCGCUGUGGACCCCAACGCUGUUAAUCAGUUACAGCCAAUCGUAGAGAAGAAGGAUCCCCUAAUCCAGUGCGAACUUUGUCAGAAGGUGUUCAAAGAUGAGACUGAGUUGAAAAACCACAAGAGUAUUCAUGCGCCUGAAAUAGUAUUGUGCGCGAGUUGCGGAGAGUUGUUUGAAACUCGAGAACAGUUGUACAAGCAUCUGGAAAGUCAGACGACGGGCUGCGAUGUGAAUCAGACAGACUCUCUUGUACACGCGAAUCAGGUCGAUGAAGUAGAUUCUGCAUCUGAACCAUUAGCGCCACAAGCACAGAAAGUUGAGUCCAAGGUUGAAUCGAAAUCUAAAGUUAGUAGCGAAAUAGUACAGCUGGAUAGUGAUUCUGAGAAUUCGACGAAAGAAUCUUCCGAUAAAUCACUAGCACAGAAAAAUGGUUCAAAAUCAUUAACUAGUACUGCAAUAGUAAAGAUAGACUCUGAUUCGGAGAAUUCCGGUGUAGAAUGUUUGUCAUUGGACCAGGGAACGAGACCGAAAUCCAGAACAAGUAUCGAAGACUCCGAUAUCAAAAACUCCGAACCAGAAUCAGAACAAGAUCCACUGUGUUUUGAUCCAUGUAAGGAAGAUGUUAGCGCUGCAGAUAAGCUGGACGUAGAGAUGGAAGUUGACGAAGGAGAGGACAAAUUUGAGGAUGAGAAUAUGGAUGCGAAGGAUGAAAAAUACAGCAGUGAUGAUUCUUCUAUAUCUCCCAGCAAAGCGGUCAGAAAUAAGAAAAAGAGAAACGUUAACGGAUCGAGAGAUCAUGAGUGCCGCGUUUGUGACAAACAGCUUUCAUCAUGGUAAGUAAUUGUAAAACAAGAUUUCCAUUUUACGUAGCUAGAAGGUGGGGGUGAUUACUGCUAGAUCCACACCUUUCCAUAACAAAUACUCCUUCCCGGGCAAGUUCCCGAGACAACUUGAUCAAAGAAUAGAAAUAGAAAGACUGCCAUCUGUGCUCUUUAUUAGAAAUCCUCUACAUAGAGAUAAGCGGAAGUUACAUAUGUCGAUUCGGCAACGCUGUUCAUUUUGUUUGCAUCAGCUGCCAACACUUGCUGCAAAGCUAGAUGUUCAAACUUUGUGCGUGACUUCGUAGUGGUUCAAGUUGUUUUGUUUACAUUUUCUAAUUAUGAUAGAAUUUUUUUUUCAAAAUUUUGAAAAAAAAUAGCGGAGCAAUCGAUGAAAUCUGAAAUUUAUUGCAAAGUGUUAAGCUAAACAUAUCGGCAGAACUAAAGCAAGAAGCAGCAAUGAAAGUUUUUUCGAGAAGUGCAGCAACAAAAGUUUCGUCAUAAGCUUGAGCUUUUGAAAGCAGAAUUAAUUAAAUUCUAUCUUUUUACUAAACUUACAUAUACCGUCAAUUUCUCGAUAUUAAAAAUAAAUAAUUUUAAUUUAUUUAGUUCGGAUUGCAAUACCGUUCAAUCGACGCCUUCUUACGAACGAUCAGCCUGUUCAUUUGGCUCACACUUUGACAGUUCUUUCUGCACGAUUGGCUUACAAUGGCCGCCUCCGCAGAUCUCUAUAAUGUAGGAUUACUACUCUUUAUCU